CAUGUUUAGACAAUAGAUCACAUGUUGAGAGUCAUGACGUAAAUGAAUUCUCGACCUAUCAGGUUAUAAUUGCCGGUCCUGGUGCAUGGAGUAGGCCCCGCGUGCACUAAUUAUUUUAACCGGAUUUACCCGUUUGCUAUAAUGCCUUUGCGAUGGGAUCCUAUCACUUCCUCAGCUACAUCUCACUCGUUCUCUCUCUCAUGUAUAAACACAUACAUAGUACAUAUAUACUCCAACGUCAAAUACAAGCAAACACACAGCUGUGUGUGUGUGAGAGAGAGAGAGAGAGAGAGAGAGAGAGAGAUAUGUCAAGCGCUAGCUGCUGCAUAGAAGUAGCAGCAUCUGAUCAGCAGCUUUGUUACAUUCCUUGCAACUUUUGCAAUAUUGUUCUUGCGGUGAGUGUACCAUGCAGCAGCUUGUUCGAUAUAGUAACCGUGAGAUGUGGACACUGCACAAAUUUGUGGUCUGUGAAUAUGGGCAUGGUUUCUGUUCAUCAGUCUCUCACUAAUCCCACCUCCCAAAAUUCUUCGUCUUCUCACAGCCAUGGUGAUCAGGAUCCUAACGAAAAUCCUUCAAAUUCUGAGGUCAGUUUGUGUUCAUCUACGAGAUAUAUGCCCGUGAAACCACCUCCUCCUCCAAACACCAAUGAUCAAUCAAUAAUCAAUGCUCCACCGGAGAAAAGGACACGCGUUCCAUCUGCAUAUAACCAAUUCAUCAAACAGGAGAUUCAAAGGAUUAAGGCUACUAAUUCAAAUAUCAGCCACAGGGAAGCUUUUAGUACUGCUGCGAAAAAUUGGGCACAUUUUCCUCAUAUUCAUUUUGGGUUAAUGUUGGAGGGCAACAAUCAUCAAGCAAAACUUGAUCAGCUGAGUUACAUGCAAGGAUCUAAGAAGCGAUUAAAGUCAACAAAAGAGUCAUUUGACAAAUAAUUCAAUAGUUUUAAUUAUGUUUUAAAUUUUAAUGAUUUGAAAUAUUACUUUUAAAAAUAGUUUGACAAUUGUAUCAUCAUGUUAUCCAUGUACUUUUAGGUUUAUCAUUAUAGUAUACACUUCGGUUUGCUUUGCGAAAUAAUUUGGUCGGCUGUUUCUCUCCUUCCUUUUUGGACGUAA